AUGAGUUCAAAACAGUUGUACGAAAAGACACGAGAGCAGUCAAUCUCUGACUUUGAGGCGCAAACCAAGGAUCUUCAAAAAGAGCAUCCCGAUGUCGAUUUUAAAGCAGUCGUCAUCGAACCAACCAUGAAUCUCAUGUUUGACAUCAAGGAAAACCUCACCGAAGACGAGCGAAAGAGACACGAGGAAUACAUCACCCGAAUGCUUCAGAAUACCGGCAAUCCGUCCAAGGCGGAGAAAUACCUUUGGCAGGCCAGAGACUACCUCAGACCAUACCCUGACGUCCUCAAACAAUUUGACGACAUCUACAUCAACCAAAGACCAAUCCCCGUCAUGUUAUCUCAACUCCACGAAACAUUCCACCAAGCAAAUAGACAUUCAUAG